CAUCUCGUCACAUUUCGGACGAUUAACUGCGUGUUGCUGCAGCAGUAACGCUCCGCGAGAAAAUACUGGGGAGGGUGCCGGUAGAGAUCGAGACCAUGCCGCCAAAGCGCAGUGCGAGUGCCUCCGAUGGCCUGAACGGCGAUGGCUCCGGAUUCAUCGGCGGUGAUGAGUUUACGCGUGCGGUCAGGAAACGCUUGUCGACUUCAACAAGAACGGGACAGGCAUGCGAUCGGUGCAAGGUCCGUAAGAUAAGAUGCGACGGUCUGCCCGGUGGCUGCUCUCCCUGUAUCCAGAACCGCACAGAGUGCAAAACUACCGAUAGGAUAUCUCAGAAAGCCAUACCGCGAGGCUAUCUGGAGAACCUUGAAUCCAAAUGCAUCGAGCUAGAGAACCGCAACAAGGAACUCGAAACCGCCCUCAUCGCAGCACAGGCUAGUGCUCGCGCUCCCGGCAACGGAUACGCACCCUUCGACGGUCAGGACUGGGCGGUCAACGGAAAUAAGCCCGCCCCUCGAGUGCCAACUUCGUUUUCUGACCGGCCCACCGAGUAUCAACCCAUGAACGGCGGUAUCAUUGGAGUCACCGAACGAGCAGCUCCCGGUCCGAGGGCAACAAAUUUCCGUCCAGGGAAACCGAGUACACACUACGUUGGGAUAUCGGCGGGCAACUCGUAUCUCAGCUCGAUGAAGGAAACCGCGUUGUCGGUGCUGGGAGUGAACAUCGAUCUGUCGGCUCUGGAUCCGAGUGAGCCAGCCAACCGGAAUACUUCGAUGAGACUGGACGAAACAUACGGAAGCUGUCUGUCGACAGUCUUCAACAUCAAUCCGAACGUGCCGAAGCCCGAGUUACCCCAUAAAGACGAAGGAAUGCAGUACAUCAACUAUUUCUUCAUGAUCUCUCACCCCUAUCUUCCCAUCCUGCAUAGGCCCACGUUCAUGCGAAUGGCUGAGCGCGUCUAUAGCGACAAGUCCUUCGAACCGACAGCCGCGCAGACUGCGAUGUUGCACAUGGUUCUCGCUAUCGUUCACUUUCAAAACGCAGCGAGCGACCGGCUCAAGAAUCGGGGGCAGAUUUCUCAGUCUUCCAGUGGCGUGAUGGAGUGUUCUCGACGUCAUUAUCAUUAUGCGAUCUCAUUGCUGUACGAAUUGAUGUCCGGUUCCUCCCUGGAGGACCUUCAGGCCAUAGGUUUGAUUCUCCAGCAUCUGCGGGCUUUCCCUAAACCCGGUGGUUCGUGGCUCUUGGCCCGUAUGGCGGUGUCGAUGUGCUUGGAGCUUGGCCUUCACCGCUCUGCGAAGAAAUGGUCGUACGACCGCGCGAGUCCCAACCUGAUCGAGAUCGAACUCCGUAAGCGUGUCUUCUGGUGUAUCCUCACACUUGAGGUUUCUCUGGCGUCGAGACUAGGCCGUCCGAUGAGCAUCCGUGAGGGAGACUUUGACGUUGAAUAUCCCGAGAGGAUCGACGACGAGUAUAUCCUGGAGAACGAGAUACUCAAGCGGGAAGACGGGCAUGAGGAUUGCGAGUUUGACGUUGCGAUCGAAAUGUUUAAGCAUGCGACGUUGACGAUCCAGAUACAUUGUACGCUCUACAGCGUUGCAAGACCUUCGAGAGAUAAAUAUGUUGCCCUGGUAGAGGAUAUCGAGGCGAAACUGAAGAAGUGGCGGGAUGGCCGUCCGAAGAGUUUAUCACUGGACUCACCGAGACCUGAAAGGCAGUUUCAGGCUGCACACCUUCAUUCGUGGUACCAUGAAGAUCGCAUAUUGCUACGCCAUCCUUCACUGGACUUGUCUCCGUCUCCGACGUUCAGCGGUGACUGUAUCCGGGUUUGUGUGGAAUCCUCGAGGGAGAUCCUGCGCCUGACGGACAACCUUCGCAAAGGAAACCACUACUUGGACACUACGUGGUAUGGUGCGACAGUGCAAUUGCUCGCCACCCUCACGAUUCUAUUCUCUGUUUGGGAUAAACGGGACAGCAUCACACCGGAGGAAGUGGCGCAGGUCAGAAGUGACAUGGACCUGUGUAUGGAUGUCAUGGGUGAUCUCGGCAGCCUCCUAGGAUCCCCACAGCGCCUCAGAGAGGUUGUCCAGAUCCUGACCUACCGCACGAUGGAACUUCUCAACCAAAACACCGAGAAGGGCAAGCGCGCAUCGUCCGCUAGCGGAAUGCCAUCAUAUGUGUCCACCAAUCCUUACCCACCCGUGACGACACCGGCAAUUCCUAUCAAGCUUCCUCCAAAUUCAAAUGACUCCGGCGCGAGCUAUUCGCCGAACCAAGCCGACUACGCCGUACUCCACGCCGAGUCUCGUACGAGCAGUACCAUCCCCGUCUACGGUGACCCACUGGUCCCCUCCGGUGAUCACGUCUACGACACCGCCAACUUUGUCCCCUGGAGCUUCCACGGCAACGAAUCAUGGCGGCAGUACGUGCAAGGCGUCGGCAACAUCGGCACGAUCGAGAACAUGGAUCCCAGCGAAACAUAUGCAUCGACGGCGCUGAUCGGUCUCAGCCAGGACUGCGGCCAGAACGCCGGAUACAGCAGUGCCGGACCCGCUCCGCCGGCCGGAUUGGCGCUCCUCGGCACCCCCGGUGGGCCCUCCAGUGGUCCCCCACAGUCUGCGCAGUACCCCCAUACCAGUCCCGAAGCCAGCAACCAGUCUUGGUCCAUGACUAUGAAUAGCUUCACAUACGCUGGGGGAUCCGAUCCCAAUAUCCGUGGAGGACAGGAUGGUGGCGGUACACAGAACGGUGGAUGAAGUGGAUGACGAUGCGGGAUCCGGGUUGCGGGAUGCGGGAUGCGGGAUGCGGAUUGCAGGUCUACAUACUUACUUUUUUUAUGUA